UUAACUUUUAAUCUUAGCAAUUAUGGUGUGUAUUUGUUUGGGUUCCUGAAUGACUUCUUCCCUUGAUGCUCUCUCCCCUUGACAAACUUCAUCUGCAUCCUCAUCAGCACUUGCUCUGAACUCUGUUUUAAUGUGUGUAACAUGUAAGAAGCUUGGGUGUGGACUUGUAAUUCUUGGUGUUCAUCUGUCCUUUGGCACCAGUAACAUGGAAUGCAGAAGAGAUGGUGUGGAACUCUGCAGUGUCUUUCCUAAUCUCUGUUUUGAAUCUCUUGCUCCCUCAGUAGUCUUUGUUUUAUAAUCCCCCAUCCCCACUCCACUAGAAUAUUCUGAAAGUGAAUACUCCUUAAUGGUCCUUAGUAAAUCCCUGGAACCUCAAGGAAAAGGUUUUCGAGAUAGGUUUAUUUGCUCUUCUGAUUUUAGGUCAUUUGUACAUGGAGUACCAAACAAUUAAAAGGAGGCAGAAUUGGAAUCAGAGACUUGUUAGGGUAGAACUAACUGAACUAACUUGGGAAGAGCAGUUGUUAAGGAAGGUUGAAACCAGAGACUGCACUUUCGUUUCCCGGCUGCCCAAACCCAAAUAAUCACAGAGAAAUUAUAUUAACUAUAACACAGUUUGGCCUAUUAGCUCCGGCUUCUUAAUAACUAACUCUUACAUCUUAAAUUAACCCAUUUCUAUUAACCUGUGUAUUACCAAGAAGCUGUACCGUUAAGGUUCCAGUGUCUGUCUCCUUCAGCAGCUACAUGGCAUCUGCCUGACUCUACCUUCUUUCCUCCGCUAUCUCUGCUUGGAUUUCCUGCCUUGCUCUGUUCUGUCCUGACAUAGGCUAAUGCAGUUUCUUUAUUAACCAAUGGUAAUAAAACAUAUCCACAGCAUAUAGAGGGAAAUCUCACAUCAGAGGGUGACUGAAGGCCUUAGUGAUCUGUUUCUUUUUUUUAAAUCACCAUUUUCAUAUAAAAAAUAUCCAGUUACUUAAUUUUGCGUCUAGUUUUUGCAUCACUGGUGGGACGAGGAAGACUAGAUUAAGUGUAGCUCCCUGUCAGAGUCCAUUUAAGAGCAGUGUUUGUUUUUGGUAUAAUAGCAAUUGAAGAUAUAGAGAAGCAUCUGAAGAUACUGACUUGCGAUUAGAAACUCACACAGCUCACGGUGUGUUGUCUAAGUAGUUGACAAGCUUCCUUUUAGCCCUCCAUUAUAUAUGUACUCUAGUUAUUCUUUUAAUUUGUCAGUCAUUUACUAAGCAUGAUAAAGGUUGAUGUGUGUGUGAUACCAUAAAGAAAACAAGGUACAAGCCAGGAGUCCAGUCUAAAGGAAAGAGUACAUGCAUGUGGAACAGUACAGCACACCUAACUGUGAUGAUACACAAGCAAAGCAUUGUGGGAGCAGAGGUUCAUUCUGAGGCUGAUUUACCAUCUACAAGUCAUCAGAAUCCCAACCCGUUCUCAUCAGCAAGCUCCCUCUGGGCAGGAAGGAGGAGUUCUCAGGUGUCAGGAGCGACCCGCUUCUGAUGCCUGGCAGAAGCUGGAGACGUCUCGUGAGUAUAAGAACAGUAACCGGCUGCGGGAGUACCAGCUGGAGGGGAUGAACUGGCUUCUUUUCAAUUGGUACAACAGAAAAAACUGUAUUUUGGCGGAUGAAAUGGGCCUAGGGAAAACCAUCCAGUCCAUCACAUUCCUUUCAGAAAUAUUCGUCAGGGGAAUCCAUGGUCCUUUUCUCAUCAUUGCCCCUCUUUCCACCAUCACUAAUUGGGAGCGAGAAUUCCGGACGUGGACGGAGAUGAAUGCUAUUGUGUACCAUGGCAGCCAGAUCAGCAGGCAGAUGAUUCAGCAGUAUGAAAUGGUGUACAGGGAUGCACAGGGAAACCCCCUUUCAGGAGUCUUCAAGUUCCAUGUUGUCAUCACAACAUUUGAGAUGAUCCUGGCAGAUUGCCCAGAGCUGAAGAAGAUUCACUGGAGCUGUGUGAUAAUAGAUGAGGCCCACAGAUUGAAGAACAGGAACUGCAAACUUCUGGAGGGGCUAAAGCUCAUGGCCCUGGAACACAAAGUGCUGCUCACAGGAACACCCUUGCAGAACUCUGUGGAAGAGCUCUUCAGUUUGCUUAACUUUCUGGAGCCAUCGCAGUUUCCUUCAGAGACUGCUUUCUUAGAGGAGUUUGGCGAUCUCAAAACAGAAGAGCAGGUAAAGAAAUUGCAGUCUAUCUUAAAACCAAUGAUGCUUCGGCGCCUGAAAGAUGAUGUGGAAAAGAACCUUGCUCCCAAGCAAGAAACCAUCAUCGAAGUAGAACUGACCAAUAUCCAGAAAAAGUAUUACCGUGCCAUCCUGGAGAAAAACUUUUCCUUCCUGACCAAAGGCGCAAAUCAGCACAACAUGCCCAAUCUUAUCAAUACUAUGAUGGAACUAAGAAAAUGCUGCAACCACCCCUACCUGAUCAAUGGGGCAGAGGAAAAGAUUCUGGAAGAUUUCCGGAAAGCCCACAGCUCUGAGGCCUCUGACUUCCAGCUGCAGGCCAUGAUCCAGGCGGCCGGGAAGCUGGUGCUGAUAGACAAGCUGCUCCCCAAACUGAUCGCAGGUGGCCACAAAGUGCUCAUCUUCUCGCAGAUGGUGCGCUGUCUCGACAUCCUGGAAGAUUAUCUCAUCCAGAGGAGAUACACCUAUGAGCGGAUUGAUGGGCGAGUACGGGGGAACCUGCGCCAGGCAGCCAUCGACCGGUUCUGUAAGCCAGACUCAGACCGCUUUGUUUUUCUUCUGUGCACCAGAGCAGGAGGCCUAGGGAUCAAUCUCACAGCUGCUGAUACCUGCAUCAUAUUUGAUUCUGACUGGAACCCACAAAAUGACUUGCAGGCUCAGGCCCGGUGUCAUCGGAUAGGCCAGAGCAAAGCUGUGAAGGUGUAUCGCCUAAUCACUCGAAACUCCUAUGAGCGGGAAAUGUUUGACAAGGCCAGUCUGAAACUAGGCCUGGACAAGGCUAUUCUUCAGGACAUCAACAGAAAGGGCAGCACCAAUGGGGUACAGCAGCUCUCAAAAAUGGAAGUGGAGGACUUACUCCGGAAAGGUGCUUAUGGGGCUUUAAUGGAUGAGGAAGAUGAAGGCUCCAAGUUCUGUGAAGAAGACAUAGACCAGAUUCUGCAAAGAAGAACCCAUACCAUCACUAUCCAGUCGGAGGGGAAAGGGUCCACUUUCGCCAAGGCUAGUUUUGUGGCUUCAGGAAACAGAACAGAUAUUUCCUUGGAUGAUCCUAAUUUUUGGCAGAAAUGGGCUAAAAUAGCCGAAUUAGACACUGAAGCAAAUAAUGAAAAGGAAAGCUUAGUGAUUGACCGGCCACGUGUGAGGAAGCAGACCAAGCACUACAACUCAUUUGAAGAGGAUGAGCUUAUGGAGUUCUCAGAGCUAGACAGUGACUCAGAUGAAAGGCCCACACGAUCCAGGCGCCUCAAUGACAAAGCCAGGCGCUACCUCCGUGCUGAGUGCUUCCGGGUAGAGAAGAACCUGCUCAUCUUUGGCUGGGGCCGGUGGAAGGACAUCCUGACUCAUGGGCGAUUUAAGUGGCACCUGAAUGAGAAAGACAUGGAAAUGAUUUGCCGGGCCCUGUUGGUGUACUGUGUCAAGCAUUAUAAAGGAGAUGAAAAGAUCAAGAGUUUUAUUUGGGAGCUAAUCACACCUUCCAAAGACGGACAAGCUCAGACCCUCCAGAACCACUCAGGGUUGUCUGCCCCUGUCCCCAGAGGGAGGAAAGGAAAAAAGACAAAAAACCAGCUCUUGCUCCCAGAACUGAAGAAUGCAGAAUGGCUAGCCACCUGCAACCCUGAGGUGGUCUUACAUGAUGAUGGAUACAAGAAACACCUCAAACAGCACUGCAACAAGGUGCUUCUGAGAGUCCGAAUGCUAUACUUCCUAAAAGCUGAAAUACUGGGAGAAGCAGCUGAUAAAGCAUUUGAGGGAACUCCUGCCAGGGAACUGGAUGUGCCUCUGCCUGACAUUGACUACGUGGAGAUCCCAGUGGAUUGGUGGGAUGCUGAGGCUGAUAAGUCCCUUCUCAUUGGCGUGUUCAAGCACGGUUAUGAGAGGUACAAUGCCAUGCGGGCUGACCCAGCACUCUGCUUCCUAGAGAAAGUCGGGAUGCCAGAUGAGAAGUCCCUGUCUGCAGAACAGGGUGUCACAGAUGGAACCCCAGACAUUCCUGAAAGAGGCAACAUAGAUAAAGAAGAGAGUGCUGAGGACAAGUUAGAUGGUCUCCAGAAGCAAACGGCGAGCCCCAGUGAUGGAAGUGAUGGCAUUUUUGGUGAAAAGAAGGAUGACAGCCAGGCAGCCCAGGAUGGCUCCAACCCAGACAAAUCACCCUGGCCAGUUUCAUCUGCUCUCACUGCUCGACUCCGGCGUCUGGUCACUAUUUACCAGCGCUGCAAUCGCAAAGAGCUCUGCCGACCUGAAAUUCUAGGCCCAGGUAAUCAAGGAUACUGGGUUCAGGAGGACAUGUUCAGGAGAACUUCAGAAAUGGACCUCAUCAACAAGGAAGCCCAAAAAAGGUGGACUAGAAGAGAACAAGCCGACUUCUAUAGAACAGUGUCUUCCUUUGGCGUUGUGUAUGACCAAGAAAAGAAAGCCUUUGACUGGACACAGUUCCGCAUCAUUUCCCGUUUGGACAAGAAGUCAGACGAGAGCCUGGAGCACUACUUUUAUAGUUUUGUAGCCAUGUGCCGGAAUGUGUGUCGUCUUCCCACAUGGAAAGAUGAUGGUUCCUCUGAUGCCAGCAUCUAUGUUGAACCCAUCACUGAGGAGCGGGCAGCAAAAACUCUGUACCGCAUUGAACUGCUGAGGAAAGUCCGUGAGCAAGUGCUCAGGUGUCCACAGCUGCAUGAGCGCCUCCAGCUUUGCAGGCCCAGCCUCUACCUCCCAGUCUGGUGGGAGUGUGGGAAACAUGAUCGAGACCUGCUCAUCGGCACUGCCAAACAUGGGCUCAACCGCACUGACUAUUACAUCAUGAACGACCCCCAGUUAUCCUUCCUAGAUGCCUACAGAAACUAUGCCCAACACAAAAGAACUGACACACAGGCACCUGGAAGUCUCUGUUGCCUUUACCAGAACAAUUCUAAACUAUAUGAAUCUCUUACUUAUUCCCAAAUGAGGAGGACUUCAGAGUCCCUGGAAAGUGAGCCAGAGAAUCUGGUGAAAAUGGAAAACAGAGAUGAUCAUCUCUGUCUGCCUGAGGGCAGCUUAUCUGACAUAACUUGUGAAAACUUUAUUUCCAAAGUUCAGGAGGUCAUUUCUAUUGACCAUGACGAAAGCUUGCUGCCCGAGUCCUUGGAGAGCAUGAUGUAUGGUAAGACAGGACUCAGCCGAGAGCCACUCUCUUUUCAGGAAACCCCAAGUACCAACACACAGUCCAGGAAAGACACUGUCACCGUCUCAGCCAGCAGAGAUGAGAGCUGCCAGCCUGCUGGCAUUGAGGCAGAAAUCGCUUCAAACUCUCUAAUGAGCAGCUUAGAAGCAGGAGUAGCUAAAAUGAACAUUAAAAAUGGAAAACAUUUGUUGAUCUCUAUCUCAAAAGAAGGGGAACCCUGCUGCAGUGAGACAGGACAGAGACCUGAAGGCACGGGCCACCUAGAGGCCAAAUGCUUAUCCCCUACCUUAGAUACAGGACACGAAAGUGGGUUUGUAGAUCUGUGCAGCCUUAGCGUGUGCGACUCCAGAAGAAAAAUGUCAUCAGAUCAGCAGUUAAUUGAUUUAUUAGAAAACAAGAGUCUAGAAAGUAAGUUGAUUUUGAGUCAGAACCAGAGUGAUGAGGAAGAGGAAGAAAAUGAGGAUGAAACUUUAGCCAUAGUAGCAAGCACCACAGAAAAGCCAGAGGGCUUGCAUUUCACCAGGCCCAGUGCAAACAUCCCAAGGGGAAAGAACCUCUGUUUCCACCAGGAUGAAGCCAAGAAAGGAAGCCUGGAGGUGGUAAGCCAGACUCCUGGACCACAGAGGGCCUUUCCUCCCUCAGCCAGUCAGUGCCACUGCAAACACAUGGAAAGGUGGGCACAUGGCCUGGGGAGAGAGGAGUCUGAAGAAGAGAAACUCAAGGCUUAUCAACCAGACCUGUACAGAAGCAAAGCCAGUAAUACUACAGUGGAAGGUGAGCCUGCCAUUAUUCCAACAGAGCCAUUUAAACUGAAGCAUGAGCUUUUAAAAGAACCCUGGAAAGAAAGUGCAGAGGGGGGAAAGAGUUUCUCCAUGUAUGUUCCUGAGGGAAUUGAGCCCAAACCAGAAGACAUGGAUUUUGAGAAUAAAGAUGAUUAUGAGAAAGAUGGAACCUGCCACAGUCAAGACUACCCAGGAAAAUACUCUGAGGAAGAGAGUAAGAGUUCGACAUCAGGCAUUGCAGGAGACCUUGGGGAAGAGGCACAGGAAGUACGGGCUCCCACCAUUGCUCAGCUGCUGCAGGAGAAAACCUUGUAUUCCUUCUCAGAAUGGCCAAAGGACCGUGUGAUAAUUAACCGCUUAGAUAAUAUUUGCCAUGUGGUAUUAAAGGGGAAGUGGCCCUCCAGCCAACAGUAUGAGCCGUCAGGUGCACUGCCCACGCCAAUUUUAAACAGCAGUGCAGGUUCUCGAAACAGCCUCUCAGAGCCAGAAGCAGCAGAACAUGGCUUCAGCAGUGGUGCAGCAUUGGCAGCCCAGAUCCAGAAGGAGAGCUUCUUAGCCCCAGUACUCACAAAAGAUGAACAAAAGCACAGACGUCCCUAUGAGUUUGAGGUGGAAAGGGAUGCCAAAGCUCGGAGCCUAGAACAAUACUCUGCCACCCAUGGGCGUCCCCCCAUUGUCCUCAAUGGCUGGCAUGGGGAGUCAGCUAUAGACCUCUCCUGCUCAUCAGAGGGGUCCCCAGGAGCCACAUCCCCUUUCCCAGUGAACACCAGCACCCCUAAGAUUGGGGCUAUCGGUUCACUUCAAGGAGCCCUAGGUAUGGACUUGUCUGGAAUUCUGCAAGCUGGCCUAAUCCACCCAGUAACUGGACAGAUCGUCAAUGGAAGCCUCAGGAGAGAUGAUGCUGCCAUGAGAAGGCGGAGAGGGAGGAGAAAACAUAUUGAAGGAGGGAUGGACCUCAUCUUUUUGAAGGAGCAAACACUUCAGGCUGGAAUUCUGGAAGUCCAUGAAGAUUCGGGGCAGACUACCCUAAGCACUACACACCCUGAAGGGCCAGGAGCUGCUUCCUCAGCUCCUGAGCCAGCAGCAACCAACGACCAGACUGAGAAAGCUGUUCCCAGCAAGAGCCUGCUUGACUGGCUGCGGCAACAAGCUGACUACUCCUUGGAUGUCCCUGGCUUUGGGGCAAGUUUUUCAGACAAACCCAAGCAGAGGAGACCACGCUGCAAAGAACCUGGAAAAUUAGACAUCCCCUCUCUGAGUGGAGAAGAAAGAGUUCCUGCUGUCCCCAAGGAGCCAGGACUGAGGGGGUUUCUCCCAGAAAGCAAAUUCAAUCACACCCUAGCUGAGCCUGUGCUUCGAGAUGCAGGCCCCCGCAGGAGGGGGAGGCGGCCUCGGACUGAACUCCUAAAAGCUCCAGCCAUUGUGGCAGAUUCUCCCUCUGGAAUGGGACCACUGUUCAUGAAUGGGCUGAUUGCAGGGAUGGACCUGGUAGGAAUGCAGAAUGUGAGAAAUAUUCCAGGCAUUCCUCUCACUGGGCUGGUGGGCUUCCCAGCUGGUUUUGCUACCAUGCCUACUGGUGAAGAGGUUAAAAGCACCCUGAGCAUGCUACCCAUGAUGCUGCCAGGCAUGGCUGCAGUGCCCCAGAUGUUUGGUGUUGGUGGACUUCUCAACACACCCAUGGCAACCACCUGUACGACCACUGCAUCGGCGUCUCUCUCAAGCACAACAAAAAGUGGUACCUCCGCCACUGAAAAAACUACAGAGGACAAACUAAGUGGCCGUGAAGUAAAAGCAGACACUCUGGUUGAAGAUAAGUCUGGCCCAGGUCCGUUUUCUGAUCAGUCUGAACCCACAAUAACUACUAGUAGUCCUGUGGCUUUCAACCCAUUUCUCAUCCCAGGAGUGUCUCCUGGGCUCAUCUACCCAUCCAUGUUUCUUUCCCCUGGCAUGGGCAUGGCUCUGCCAGCCAUGCAGCAGGGCAGACACUCAGAGAUGGUCAGCCCUGAGAGCCAGAAGAGGAAAAAGAAGAAAACAAAGGGGGAUAACGCCAACCCAGAGCCUGCAUCCGGGUGUGAGAGGGAGCCAGACAGUGAUCAGAACUGCACCGAGUUGAGUACCACUUUGCCUCCAGAAAGAGAACACGUGGCACAGGCAGGGGAAGGGGGGCUCAAAGACUCCAGUGAUGAUACCAAUUAGAACUUUUUCGUUUAAGAAAUGAUUGUGACUUGUAAGUUUCUUAUCCCAUAAAGGUUUGUUACUUCCCUCACUUCACCUUCAUGAGAACCUGUGUCUCCAUCAGUAAUAUUGCCUACCUAAUUUCCUGUCUGAGAACUAUGGUAACAUGUUAAUAGUUGCAGGGUCUUGCCAUUUUCAUUAGAUGAAUGUCAUCUACCUAGUGUAGGGGGCACAGAAUUCUUUCUUUUAUCCAGUUCAUUCCAGCAAUCAUAGUUGAUACUGUACUUGGUGACAUACCUAUUCCCCCUUCUCUUUCAAGUCCCCCUUAUCUGAGGAAGAAAAUGGCAGAAGAAAGCUGCCUAAGGAUUCACCGGGGCCAAAGAGCAGAGACGAGCAAGUGCAGCUCUUUUUCUCUGAGCAGUUUAAUAGGAAGAUCAUAACAAGGGAACUAAAGGCACAGAGUAGGAAGUGCUGGUACAUGCUUUCCUAGUUCAAGAGUCUCUGUUACCACGGUUACUGAAUAGUCUGCAGUGUAUGAACUGAGAUUGAAAAUGCACGUACUGAUGGCUUCUUUAAACCAGGAACCUUCCUGAUAGUGGUACAGUUUCCCCCUCGUAGUUGUUCAGACACCUGCAGCAAGAGGAAAUACCGGCCAGCUAGGCAGUCUGCAUAUCAUGCCCACUAAAUGAGAGAAGCUUCAGCACCUUGCGUUGCUGCAGCAAGUGGGAGAGCACUGCUCCCCUGGUCCACUAGCACUGCUGGCACCUUAUCCCCCCCCCCCCCCCCCCACCCUU